UUUUGUACAUAUUAAAAACAGACAUCUUUUUUAUUGGGCUAAACGUUUGGAAAGAUUUAUAAGUUUUCGCGUCUGUCAACGUACCUUCUUUCUUGCCCAUAAAAAAUAACGUAUGAGGGCACGAAUCGAGUCAUAUUACACACGGAGUGUGUAAAAUUCAGCAGUCAUCCAAAAUGAAUUAAAGGUCUGCCCCCUGACAGUUCUCUUCUUCAUUUUCGUGUCCAAAAAGAUUGAACGAGGUAUUUGCUUUCUCGGUAUCUCACUUUUGCUUGCAUUUUGAUUUUAUAACAUAUUUUUUUCAAGAUUUUUUAACAUGGAACAACUUCGUUUGAAGCUCUUAAUUGUGUUACAGUUUUUUUUAAUUACUGCCUAACCUAGAGUGGAGAACGGCUAUGUGUGAAUUGAACCAACAAUCUCCUUUUGACAUAAAGAAGUCAAACGCUCUACUGGACUAGAGCUACUAAACACCGCCAUGAUAGGGUUGCUGCAAUGUGAUCGUUUAGCUUUUCCCCAAAUUGUUUGCGGUAUGCGCGAAAUAUCUAAUGAAAGCAUUUUAGGAAAUUCAAAGGCACGGGGUCUGGUAGUUCGCGCAGAUGCAGCAAAUGUUUUCUGGUCAUGAAAGUAAAUAAAAUAAUAUGACGCUCUGUUUUUAACCACCAGGGAGAAGAGUUGACCUAAUUUUUUGUAAACAAACAAAUCUGUAUAAAUUUUGUAAACAUGGCGGUGGAAUGGCGAUCUGUUGAUCCAACUAAAAGUAAAUUUAUUUCACACAUUACCUCGUUAUACAAUCCUUUAAAGGACUAUAACUAACUUUCCGCUUGAAAUCAACACACUAUGUCUGAGCCUUGCCGCUAAAUUUUUUUGCUGCUGCCUGAUGACCAGAAGAAUAGUUGUGUUCACAUGUUUGCAACCUUAUUUCCUAAUUUUGCAAAAAAAAUGAUAACCGAUGCUGGAAGUGACUACUAUCAGUUAUGUUACGAUGAUGAUGAUGUUUCUUUACCAGACGAAAACAAAAUUAUACAGGAGGUUAAUAAGAAGAAAGAGUUCUUAUGUGAACACUACACAUCUUCACCUCGCCUAAUUCGUAGCAAAUUCAAAAUUGAAGCAGAUAAUGACUUUUUAACGUCAUGUUCAGAGGUAUUGGAAGAAGCAAAUUCAAUACUGUACAAAUCCUCUGAAGGAUAUCAACCACCAUCAGAACGCUAUUCAUCUGAUUUCUUUCGAACAGCAGAUGGGUCUAUGGAUUCAACAGCUUUAGAAGAGAGUGCACUUCCUACCCCAGAAAAUAGUGUGACAACAGAUUUUGUAUUAGAAUAUGAAGAUGACAUAGAUGUUAACAAUGUUUAUGUUUAUGACGAUAUUGAAUUUCAACACAAUCGAAGGGAAUCACCUGAUCGUCUGCUAGCAAAACCUAACAUGGAUAGAAGAUAUACAUAUUCAAGCGGUAUUUCUUCAGGGUCUCCCACAGGAUCCUCAGCAAGCAGUUUAAGCAUGGAGAUUGAAAAAUUACAGCAUAUUCAUUCUUCUGGAUCUAUUGUGAGUUCUACUGAAACUUUAAAGAGGACUAAGAGCUAUGAUAGCAACCAGCUAUGGGCAAAAUCUUCUUUCAGUCGAUCAUCAACUCCCACAGGCAGAAAGUCACCUUUACUGGACUUUUUCCUUGGUAAAAGUAAAGUAUAUGAAUUUGAUGAUGAUUUUAAUGUAACAAAGAAAAAAAAACAGCCAAAGCACAAAAAGUCUUUUGAUUCAGUACGUUCAAGUUCACCGUUUAUGUUUAAUUUGAGAAAAUGCAGCUCUUUGACAUCAAAGGAUAAGUUCAAGAAUCGUAAGUACAGCAAAUCUUUGCCUGAGGUGAAAAAGGAUUUAACUAAUGGAGUUACAGAUGAUUCAAAUACGAAAACAAGACUGCAACAACCGUCUCCUUUUGUGAAAACAAUAUUCCAGUAUGUAGAAUCUUCUUUUGAUGAUGAAUUGUAUGGAAUAAGUGGGUUUAACACAAAGAAUGACAGUACAACACCUGUUUUCUCAUGUAGCAAUGGAAAGGUUUUGCCUGAGUUUAAGUCAAAUUCACUUCCUCGUAAGAAUAGGAACAAAAAUUACUUACUGUCUCCUAUUGUGAAGACUAUUACACAAAAUUCUCAAGAACCAUUCUUGCUAUCAUCUGGAAGAAGAGUAUCAGAAAAUUCAGAUUUCUUUAUCUCUGUUGUCGCAUAUUUAGACAGAAUACGUAAGGCGCAGCAGAAGCCCACCAUAGCCUCAAAACGCAGACCAAGGCAAAAAAGAUAUAGAUCAGAUCCAGGGAGUGUGGCAAAAUUUCUAAAAGACAUUGAAAUUCCUGAUGAAGAUAAAACAAUGGAACGUCAUUUAUUUCAUGAAACAGCACCAUAUCAACAAAAUGCAGUUAACAAAAACAAUAUGUCAAUAAGUCUUCAUAAACGAUUUGCUAAUCUUAAUGAUAAUCCCCUUCUAACAUCAUCAUCUACAGGUGUAGUGCCUAGUUAUUCGGAUCCAAUGAUUAAUUCAAUAUCUCGAUCAUCAACACCUACACCAAAACCUAACAAGAAUAAUUCUCAAUUGUCCAGAAGAACAAGAAGCCUGAAAAGCAUUUUUACACCCUUUAAGAAAAGAAACAAAGAAACUGACAAACUAAAACAGCGUGAUAGCAUAUCGUUACAAUUGCAGAGUCUUUGUAAUCUAGAGGAUGACCUGUCCAAUAGGCAGUCACAAUGUAAUUCUAGAGAUUCUCGUUCAGAUCUACAAAAUUUCAUCAGAGAGUUUGAACAACAUGAAAACGAGAGUCAGUUGUUUCCAAUAUCAAGGACAGACUGUGAUCUAGAUCUGGAAACACUUAUCCGUCAAAACCAUAUAAAGACUGAAGAUAUUUGCAAAAAUGUUGAUAAAAAUAAAAUUCCUUAUGCCUAUGACAAUUUUACCGACUUACCCAGCAACCUUUCAGAUCAGAUGCUUGCGAUUGAGCUUUUAAGAAAGUUAGAACGUUUAGAAGAAAAACAAUCUUGUGAUGUAAAUAUUGAUAAGUACGAGAAACGUUUUUCUACCUCACCUGAAACUUCUGUUUGUGUAAAAGAUGAUACUUGUGAAGAAGGCGGCUAUGAUAAACAUAACAGUGAAGGUGUUGACUUAAGCAGUCAUUUUGAUUACUCUUCACAGUUAGGUGAAGAUAUAAUCGCAGGAACUGAAAAAGAUGCGUGGAGAGAAAACAGCAGUAUUAUUAGAAGAAACUCGAACAGUCAUGAAAACGGUCCUCAUCAAAAUAUGACGCUGGGAGUACAACUGGAAUCACCAUCCAUUAUGGAGGAAGUAGUUGACAAACCAAACAAAGUGAGUAAACGUUUGAAAGGGAAGUCUAAGAAAAAAUAUGGACGUUCAAAUUCAGAUGACAUUGAAUAUUGGACAGGUUCAUUCAAAAACAGUCCUCCCCGAAAUCGACAAGGAAAGAAUGAUAAAGACACUACAGAAAAUAUAAAAGGAAAAAGUGUUUUUAACAUACGACGACAGUUUGAAUCUUUUCGAAAGAAAGAAAAGAAAGAAAAAGUUUCCAAAGGUGCAGAAGAGAACAGCAACAUGGAGUUGGAGGAAAGUAGAAAAGUAAAAAAGAAAAGCAUAACAAAACCCCCGGAGGAUGCAAAGCAGGAAUCACCAGAUGCAUGUGAUUAUGACAGCAAAAGACUUGCAAGUUUCUCUACUAUCAGAUCUGUGUUUGAAACUCAGGGUCAAUGUACUCCUCCUUUUAAUAAGCUAAGAACACAAUCACUUGUUAACAAGUCACUUUCAAAUUACCAAAACGAUGAUCAUAAUAGAGAAUCUGAUGAAACCAGCAAUUCUACCGAGUGUGAAGAUGGGGUUGUUAACACACCAGGAUCAGUUUUGCAUGCUAUGAAGCAAAAAUUCGAACAGUUAUCUGAAGAUGCUGCUUCUCCUUUACUAGGUAAUGCUAGAAAGCGCUGCUCGCCCAAACAAUCAAGUAAUUCAAAAGAAGAAGUUAUAAAAGUUAAUGUUGAUAAAUCAGUCUAUGAUGAUUGUUUGCCCCUUAAUAAGAAUGAAGAUCAAAAUGUUGAAUGUCCCACCAUUGAGACUGCAAUCGAGGAUGAAGAUGAGGAUGAAAAGAUUGGUAAAGAUAUCAAUGAAGAUGAAUGGUGUGUUUUGGAAGAUGUAAUUCCCACAAAACUACAGCCUCAAUGUGAAGAAGAAAACAUUGUUGUGGAUGUACCAUCGCAUUUGUUACCACCAGAAUUUGUAGUUGGUGUACCUGUAUCACGGUCUCACUUGUUUCGUGAAGGAUCUUUUAGGCGUGUCCGGACCCUUGCUUCUCAAUACUUGAAGACUUCAAGUAAUGAAAAUAUAAGCAUAUCAUCCUCAGAUUCAAAUACAGAUGCUUUAGAGAAUAGUAAAAUCACCACUAAAGUAUUUCAAAAUGCAAGUAGCACAGAGUAUGAUAGUGAUGUUAAUGAAGAGGAAGAAAUGAAUGUUGGAGUUCAAGAAGUUGAUGGUGAUCCAACAAGCAAUGCAACACAAGUUAAUUCACAAGAAGAAUUAUGCAUGGACACCGAAACGGUGACCGAAGAAACAUUGGAGGAUUCUAAAGAUUCAGAGAAUAUUAAUGUCAACGUUUUACCUGAAUUAUUUGCAGAAUCUAGUUGUGAAACUGUUGACUUACAGAGCAGUGAAUAUCCAAAUCAGAAUGCCACAGACCAAUAUACGUCAUACUCCACAAUGGCUUCAAACAUAUAUAGGGAUGUAUCUAGGUUGUAUGGACCUAGCCUUUCCUCCAGUUCUACGUCAGAAAAUAAUACCGUUUCACCUCCAGUUAAACCUAAGCCAAAACCUAAUACGUCAAAACUUCAGCUUGGUUUAUCUAAUGUUGCUAUGGUCUCUCCAUUCAUCAAAAACGAAUCAGCAGACCUUACAGAUCAUCCAACUGCUUUUGCUAACAACGAAGCAUUUGAUACAGUUAAAAGAAGAGAAAGCGUAUCAGGUGAAAAUGUGCUGGCCAGAAAACCAUCGGUGAUUUGGGCGCGAGUGAAAAAGAUGGAAGUGUCUUUAGUUUUAGAUCAAGAUUACAAGGAGUCUGAUAUUAUUGCGAUUGAAAGUUUUAACGUAAGACGUGUGAACACGUACAAAGAUAUAGAAGAACUUGCAGUCGAUACUUUUCUUAAACAUGUUCAGUUGUUUGACAAACACGCGCUCGAACUAACAAAGUACGAUAUAGGGUAUUUACAAGUCGGUGAUCACAGAAUACGCAUUGGUGAUCAAUUUGAUAUAUCUCAGGCUAAAAUUCAAGAUGGUUUCUUGCCCUGUCGAAUUUGUAUUAAAGGUAAAAAAGAAUGGAGUCUCGCUUCUUUGUCUUACGAUACGUUGAUAUCGAAAUCAUACCUAGAAAAAUAUAUUUCACUUAUUCUUUGCCAUCGGCAUGUUAUGUUUUAUGGACCAAGUGGAACUGGAAAAUCAUACCUGGCUAGAAGAAUUGCCAUGUUUCUUAACCACAGAAUAAAUGAAGGAACCAUUCCUCCAGUUAUACUUAAAAAUUUGACGCCUGAUAGAUGGAAGCUGCUUUUAAAUAACCUUUUGACAGAACGAAGAGAAAGGCAAUUUGUGGUUGUGUUAGAUGGGUUUUCGCAAAGUUUUAUCGACAGUGGUAUCGACAUCGGAGAUGUAAUAACAACAUGUCAAGACUUAGAAAUGCAACCGUACAUCAUCUGUACCUUAACUCAACACCCUACCGUUGUAACACCUUUACAGUGGCAACAAAACUUUAGAUGGAUAUGGCAACCUAAUCAUGAAGAACCAGCAAAUGGACUUCUUCAAAAAUAUUUGCGAAGAAAAUUUAUUCAUCAUGGCAACCAGCAUUUGCAACGUGAAUCCUUUCGAAUUGCUGACUGGUUAGCGUCGGCAUGGAGACAUAUAAACAGAAUAAUUGAAAAGUAUAACUCAGCAGAAGCUACCAUAGGCGCAACUAUGUUUUAUACAUGUCCUCCAGACAUUCUUACUGCAGAAGAAUGGUUUGUUGACCUGUGGAAUUACUCAAUCAGUCCGUAUUUUAUCCAAACUGUAAAGCAAGGCUUACGAUUACACGGUUACCGAAACGAUUGGGAGGAUCCUUUAGAAUGGAUACUCAAAACUUACCCCUGGGUUUCUGAAAAAGCGAAAAGAAAAAUGAAGCUUCGGCGGAUUAGGAAAGAAGACGUUGGAUAUUGUGUUGCAUCGUCACCUGAUAGGAGGGCUCUAUCCAUAUCUUCAUCUGAACAACAAAGAUUGCUUGGAUUUUUGCGCCAAUUGGAGAUGCUGAUGUUGGAUGGCGGUCUUGAUGAUAUACCUUUUGUCGAAGAUAAGGAACCUUACGAAUCCUUUAUAUAAUCAUUUAUAUGUUUACUUUUACUUUUUUCUCGUUAAUUUUCAUCUCUUUUUUAUGCUGAUAAUAGUGCAAAAUUUUAAUUGAUAUACCACUAUAUAAAAAACUUAAAUUAACAUGUAGAUUCAAUUAAGAUUAAUUUUUCUUAAACGCUUUUUCUCCACAUAAUUUCCUUAUAAGUUUGAAUAAAGGAUUUUUAACAGUACUUUGUUUUCCUUGUGUUACCACAACUAAUUUUAUACGGAGAAGAAAAAAUAAUUAUUUUAUAUUGUAUUUUUGUACAAAUUCAGAGGGUUGGUUAUUUUUCUACCUGUAAUUAUGUAUUUUUAAAAGAUGUAUAUAUUUAUUUUAUGUUUAAAUUUGACUCAAUAACCAAGGAUUGAAUAAUAAAUAAGCAAAACCCA